AUGAGGUGCUUAUUUGUAACCAUAGUUAUUCUUCUCAGCAUCAAUACCCAUGUCUCUCCUACAGCGGCGAACUUGGCCGUGAAAAGGCUGCCGGUGCAGGUGCAGGUGCCGCUUCCCCGGGCUGCUUACCUGUCAUCAGCUUUCUAUGACGAAUCAUGUCCGAAUCUUGAAUCCAUAAUACAUCAAAAAAUGAGCUCUUGGAUUAAAAGAGAUCACACCAUGGCUGCUAGCAUCAUCCGCCUCCACUUCCACGACUGCGCCGUCAGGGGGUGUGACGCAUCGGUCCUCCUAAACCACCCCGGCAGCGAGAGGGUGGCCGAGGCCAGCAGAACCCUCCGAGGGUUCGCCCUGAUCGACGAGAUCAAGGCCGAGGUGGAGAGACAGUGCCCCAAAACCGUGUCGUGCGCGGACAUCCUGACGGCCGCGGCCCGGGACGCCACCAUCAUGGCGGGCGGGCCCUUCUGGGAGGUCCCGUUCGGGCGGAGAGACGGGCGCGUCUCCCUGGCUAGAGAGGCGGAGUCCGUCCCACAAGGCCACGAGAACAUCACCCAACUACUCAGAACGUUCGAAGGACUCGGGCUGACGUUCGUGGACAUGGUGGUGCUGUCUGGGUCCCACACCAUAGGGAGGUGCAGCUGCCACGCCAUCAAGCAGCGCCUCUACAAUUUCACCGGCACGGGCAGGGCCGACCCCUCCAUGAACGCGAUCUACGUGGAUCGGUUGAAGAAACAGUGCAAGUACGACGACAGCUACGUGAACCUGGACUUCUGGACUCCGCGGAAGUUCGACACGGCGUUCUACAGGAAUCUGGAGAAGAAGAUGGGGUUGCUGUCGACGGACCAGCUGCUGCACUCGGACAUGAGGACUUCAGGGGUGGCGAGCUUGAUGGGGUCGCAGCCGGAGCUGUUUGACACGCAGUUCGCGGUGUCGAUGGUAAAGUUGGGAAAUGCGAAUGUGCUGAUACGGAAGGAGGGUGAGAUCAGAACAAAAUGCACCGCCGUUAAUUCUUACUGA